AUGAUAUCCCGAUUGCAGAGGACAGCGGAAGAACGGAGGCAGAGGGAGAAAGAUCUGAAUUUCGACAAGUCUGUCCAGAUUGAAGUAGAAUUUGACCGUGGGAGACUCCGUCGGCGACAAAGUAGUCCCCUUGAGUUUCCGGCGGAUGGCGGUUCCCUGCACUCCUUUUCCCAGGCGCUCUCUUUAGGGUUUAUACUAUCUGAGAAGGAGGAUGGGCUUCAAGUGGAGGAGCAGGAUAUCGCUGUUGGUGUUAAAAAAUGUGGGCUAAGUCUGAUUGGCAAGAUAUUCGGGGAUAAAAAGACUAAUUCCAGUGGCCUCAAGGUGACAUUGGGUAACAUCUGGGUGACAUCAAAACCUUUCUCCAUUAGGAAUCUUGCGCAAAGCAUGUUUCAAUUCAUCUUCCAACUAGCAGAGGACAGGGAUAAAAUUCUCCUCGGCAAGACCUGGUCUUUUGAUGACCAGUAUAUUCUACUCAAGGAGUGGACCCCGGAUCCUCCUCUGUUUGUGGAAGAAGACAAGAGGAUCAAGGGGGUGGGGGUUGAGGACACUCCACCUAGGAGUGGGUCUUCCCCUAUAGGUCAGGAGAUUGGGGUUAACUGUAUUGGUGGGAGUGGUAGCUCUAAGAUUGGGAAAGAACCUGAAAACUUUGUAGCUACUACACCUCAUCCUAUCCCUGUUACACAUCCCCCAGAUUUGGUCUCUGAUGAUAAUUUGGUGGAUGUCACUAUUCAGCCUGUGUCCAUUGGGCAAAGAGUUGCCAUCACAGAAGGGAACUCCUAA